AUGGGAAAGUGCAUAUCCGUAACACAAGCAUCAAUCAAUAACUAUGAGGUUAUUGAAAAAAUUAUUUUUUGAAGGUAUGGGAUGAUUUAUAAAGUCAGAAAUAAAAGUAUUUUUUACACAGCUGAUGACAACAUAUAUGCAAUGCAAGAAAUAAAGCUUAAAAGACUUGAAAUUUUAGGUGCAGAAAAAGAAGCCAAAAAAUUAUCCAAAUUAAGUUGCCCAUAUUUAGUAAAUAUUACAGAUACAUUUAUUCAUCGCUCUAACUCCCCUCCGUGAGCGAACAAAAAAAUCUUAUUCGCUCACAGAGGGGGGUUAUUUUUUUUUUUUAAAAAGUUUAUAUAUAAAUUUUAAAAAUUUCCAAUUUGUAAAAAUUGAGAAGCAAAUAUUAAUUUAAGUUGUAAAAUGUAUGUUUUAAAACGCAAUUUGUUUAAAAUUAAACAGAAUUGCUAUCACUUAUAUAUAUAAAAUUUUUCCCAUAAAAAAUUUCUCUAUUAAAAAAAUUUGUUUUUUACUCACGGAGGGUUUUUCUAUUGCUUUGUUCGCUCAUGGAAGGUGGGGGUAAACUUUAUUUAAUAAGAGAUUUUUCCAAUGGAAGACCGUUAAGAGAAUUAAUAAAUGUAAGAUUUCAGCCACUUGAAGAAUCUCUAAUUUGGAAUUAUUUAAUUCAAAUCUGCUUGGGGAUUGAAUACUUGCAUACAAAUGACAUUGAGCAUCAUGAUUUGAACCCAGAUGUUGUAUUUGUACAUCAUGAUGAUAGAGUAAAGCUUGCCGAUUAUGGGAUUCACAAUUGGUUUCCCCCAGCUGAAGAAGGAAAAAUUCCAAAUGUCAACGAAUUGAGCUAUUUUGCUCCAGAGCAGUAUGAAUAUCGCCAUAAAAAAACUAAUGAUAUAUGGGCUUUAGGAGUAAUUUUAUAUGAAAUGUGCGAGCUUAAAUUUCCGUUCAAGGCAGAUGAUUUAGCAGAAAUUCAUAGAGCAGUGACAGAGUAUGAUUUCAUAGCUACAGAUAAUGAAUAUUCCGAAGAUCUGCUGUGAAUCAUAAAACUGUGUCUUAUGAAAAACCACAAAAGCAGGCCAGCAUUAACAUUAACUCUAUUAUUGAGAGGCUCACAGUAUUGCUCAGACGGCUUACCUCCACCCAUAACGCUUCACCCGAUUGCUUACAACCUAUUGAUCACGAUCUUCAAGGCUCCUCUCCUACUGGGCGAAAAUAUGCACUCGCUACCCGUAGUUGAAUGAGUUGCGCCACCGUGCAGUUCGUCAAUAGAGGUUGCCCAUCCCGAAAAUUUGAAAAAAAAAUUUAUUGUAGGACUGUCGGCUAAAAUGGAAGUCAAACCUGAGAUAUAACGCCCAGUUUCAUGCUAGGGAGUUGCCCGAUGGACCAAGUGGAGUGUUUGGCUUUGCAGGACUUCCCCUUUCCAACCUUGAAGUUCCACUUCCCAGAGGUAAAAUCUCUAGCACAAGAAUGAGCUGCGGUCGACAAAAUUCGAAGUUUCACUCCACUGCGCCAAGGAAAAAUCAAUCUGGAAUACACUCCAAGCGCCAAUUUCCCUUCCAAAAGGCCCCCGGUGCCAGCAGGCAUCCGGCUAAAGGUUUGCCAUCACCAUAUUAAUGUAUAUAUCCACAAAAGCAGGCCAAAUAUUCAAGAAAUUCUUACAUUAAACAUAAUGAAAAGAAAAGCUUUAGAACUUAACAUAAAAAUUCCAAAAGACUCAAUUUUGUACCAAGAGUUAAUAGAAAAUCAAUUGAUAAGUAGCGAAAUAACUAACCCUUUUGAAAAAGAUUAUGAAGCAAUAAACGAGAUUGUCUUUAUGAAAUGGAAUUCCAAUGAAAUUGUGACUUGGAAUCUUGAAACAUUGAAAUCUACGUCAAAAUGCUUUGAUCUAAUAAGCAAUCUCAGCUUUUAUGGAUCCACUUUAAUUCCUGAAAACAAAGGAAUAUUUUUUUACGGCGGAAAGCUUAACAAUAGAGAAAUUACUGGAAAAACUUUUAUCGUAGAUAGCGACAAAAAUAUUACUUUGAUGUCGCCAGGAUCUCAGACUCAUCUAAUUGGGCUAGCUUACUUUAAAAAAUAUAUUUAUGCACUUGGGGGCGACCCAGAAGUAUCAAAUAAAUUUAAUUUAUACUCUAUCAAUUAAAUACAAUCUCACAUUAGUAAUAGCAUUUUAUAUAUGCCGGAUAAAUAUUUAUAUUCCCUAUAAUAAAGCUUACUCCCCCCCUCCAUGAGCGACCAAAACCAUUAGAAAAAACCUAUUUUUUGCCCAAAAACCCACCCUCCGCGAGCGAACAAAAAUUUUUGUGGAAAAAAAUUUGAUAUAUAAGUGAUAAUAGUAUAAUGAAUCUCGAGCUAAUUCUGUUUAAUUUUAAAAUUGAUAAAUUUUAAAAUUAAAUUAAUAUUUGCUUUCCAAUUUUUGCGAAGUGGAUUUUUUAAAUUUCGAAAAAAAAAAUUUUCUAUAAAAAUUUAAUUAUGAAUUUUUUUAAAAAAUAAAAUUACCCCCCUCCGCGAGCGAACAAGAUUUUUUUGUUCGCUCAUGGAAGGGGCAGUUAGGUAAAUCAAACUUAAUGAUUAUAGAAGAAAAUAUUUGGGAAGCUUGUCCUCCUCUACCUAAAGGUGACUUCAGAAACUCAUCACUUAUCGCAUAUAAAGACCAUAUUCUAGUAGCUGGAAAGUAUCUUGAUAAGCUUGUUUCUUUUGAUAUUAAUGAAGAUAAUUAUUUGGUAAUCUCAAAUCUGAAUUUAGAAAUUGACAAAAAUAAGGUUCUUUUUACUGAAAAUAAUAGAAUUUACAUUAUUGAAAUAAAAGGGAAAAUUUAUGAAAGCGAAAUGAACAAUUUUAUGACAUGGAAAUGCAUAGGAGAAAAUAAUAUUUUAGAUUCAGAUAUUCAGUCUUAUGUGGUUGGAUUCAGAAAUCAUUUUUAUUUUAUAUUGGUCAAUAAUGAUUUGGUUAAUUUCGAUUUAAAGAAGAAAAAGCUAAGAUGGUUUAAGCGACUAAACUAA